CUCCACAUUCCCAGAAACAAACACACUGACAGCUCCACGUCCUCCCACUUCUUCUGUCCUGGAUUUUUCUUCUUCUUCUUCUUCUUCUGUGGUGUGUGUGUUUUGGGACUUGGAACCAUGGAGCUGUCGGAUAUCUCUUUCCCCAUCCCCGCCGCCGAUGAUUUCUACGACGACCCGUGCUUCAACACCAGCGACAUGCACUUCUUCGAGGACCUGGACCCGCGGCUGGUCCACGUGGGCCUGCUGAAGCCGGACGACUCCUCCUCCUGCUCACCCUCGCCCUCCCCUUCCUCCACCUCCUCUUCGUCCUCCCUCCUGCAUCUCCAUCACCGCGCCGAGGCGGAGGACGACGAGCACGUCCGCGCGCCCAGCGGGCACCACCAGGCGGGCCGCUGCCUGCUCUGGGCCUGCAAGGCCUGCAAGAGGAAGACCACCAACGCGGACCGGAGGAAGGCGGCCACGCUGCGCGAGCGCCGGCGGCUCUGCAAGGUGAACGACGCGUUCGAGAACCUGAAACGCUGCACGUCGGCCAACCCCAACCAGCGGCUGCCCAAAGUGGAGAUCCUGCGCAACGCCAUCAGCUACAUCGAGUCCCUGCAGGCGCUGCUGCGCGGCGGGAAGGACGACGGCUUCUACCCGGUGCUGGAGCACUACAGCGGGGACUCCGACGCGUCCAGCCCCCGGUCCAACUGCUCCGACGGAAUGACGGAUUUUAACGGCCCGACCUGUCAAUCAAACAGGAGAGGAAGUUAUGACAGUUCUUAUUUCUCAGAGACUCCAAACGGCGGUCUGAAGAGUAACCGGAGCUCCGUGGUCUCCAGUCUGGACUGUCUGUCCAGCAUCGUGGAGCGGAUCUCCACGACAACAGCAGCAGCCUGCAACAGCAGCAGCCUGCUGCCGGCUGCCACCACCUCCUCCACCUCCACCUCCUCCGCCGCCGCCUCGGGCCCCGGGGCCUCGCCGCCGGACCCCACCACCCAGGCAGCGGCCCCGGGGCCCGUCCAGGUCCCCUCCACCUCGACCGGCAGCCAGGACCCCAACCUGAUCUAUCAAGUCCUAUAGACCUUCACACCCGGGACUUUACCACACACACACACACACACACACACACACACACACACACACAGUGAAAAUAUAUUUUUCAUUUCAUUUAAUUCAAUUUGAAAACUACUGAACUGAGUCUUCAAACUGUUUGAUCAGCGUUUUAUAAUCUACAAACAAAUAUCUGUUUUUAUUUCAUGAAGCUGAAAUGUAUGGAAGCUCAUUCCUGACAGAAAAUAAUAAUAAUAAUAAUAAUAAUAAUAAUAAUAAUAAUAAGAGUGUGAAAGAUCAUUCGUGACUUUUGAACUCGUCAAAAAGAAAUCUAAAAAUAAUCUUAAGUUACUGAUGUUACAGAGUCUUCAUCAGUAGAUGGAGUUUGAUAUUUUAUAUCAGAUUUUAUAGAUUUCUUAGUCACUGAACAAACUCCACGAGCUGAUGAAGAUCAGAGAUAUAAUCGAAAGAUCUGGAAAUAAACCUCGAGGUUACAACAAAAACUUUAUUUCCAAAUAUAAAUUUUUAGUCUUAAUAAUAUUUUAUUAUAAUUUAUUAUAUUAUUAUUAUAAUUUUUAGCGACAAAUAAUAAUCACAAAAUGAAAUUUGAAUUAAGUGAUACUAAUCGUUAUUUAAACUUAUGCUCUUAUUUUGAAAAAUAAGAUUAAAAGGGGGAAUAUAGAAACUAAAUGUUAAUAAAUGUCCAGUAAGAGUUGAUGUCAUCAUUCCAAAGUUUCCAUCCGUUUUACUUCCUGCAGGAAUGAUCUUCCACAGCUCAACAUGUUUGACCCCCAGAUUCUACUUCCUGCUGUUAAAACAAGCACGUUUUAUAUUUAGUGUACAAACCACUUGAAUGCUGGGAAUUGUAGUUUGUUUAAACUGAUGACUACAAUCAGUUCGGUUCUCUCCAAGUUAUGAGAAAACACUUUAAAGGCUCAGUUUGAGUCGUUCAGACGGAGGCCAAAAGUCGACAAAACAUCCGUUUACAUUCCUCCACGUUCGUCCAUCUGAAGCCAUAAGAAGCCCAGCUGUUCAUAAAACCCGCUGUUCAUAAAACCCGCUGUUCAUAAAACCAGCUGUUCAUAAAACCCGCUGUUCAUAAAACCAGCUGUUCAUAAAACCAGCUGUUCAUAAAACCAGCUGUUCAUAAAACCCGCUGUUCAUAAAACCCGCUGUUCAUAAAACCCGCUGUUCAUAAAACUAGCUGUUCAUAAAACCAGCUGUUCAUAAAACCCGCUGUUCAUAAAACCAGCUGUUCAUAAAACUAGCUGUUCAUAAAACCCGCUGUUCAUAAAACCCGCUGUUCAUAAAACCAGCUGUUCAUAAAACUAGCUGUUCAUAAAACCAGCUGUUCAUAAAACCAGCUGUUCAUAAAACCAGCUGUUCAUAAAACCCGCUGUUCAUAAAACCAGCUGUUCUUAAAACCAGCUGUUCUUAAAACCAGCUGUUCAUAAAACCAGCUGUUCAUAAAACCAGCUGUUCAUAAAACCAGCUGUUCUUAAAA